AUGCCCUCGCAUUCAUCUAUGGUAUACUGGCCUGAUUUGGAACCUGUCUGGAUAUCCUCCUGGGACAUGGCCAACAUAAUGGAAUACACUGUUUCGCAAUUCACUGUGAUCCGAUUGGCAUUGGGCAAGAGCCAUGUGCCUUGGACAAUAAUGUUCCAGAAACUCUUCAUCCAGCAUCUACUUUGGGAAGCAGAUGUGGGGAUGUUGGACGAUGAAGGCUUCUUCACCAAAUUCUUUGAUCACAAGGUCAACAUACUGGGUGAAAGCCACCUGCUGGCCUCCUACCAUAUUGUCCUGGUCUACCAGUACAGCUGGUGGAAAGACCAGUUCGAUGUCAUCCCAUUUGAGAUGCCACAUUGCAUCCAGCCAGAUGAACUAAUUGAGCUAUACCAGGAGCAUGCUAAGCAGCUGAUGACUGUUCAGACAUUUAUUGUGCAUGCAGGAUCACACAUAACACCUAUGUAUAUGACACCAUGGUUGCCUCAGAAGAGCUAUUGGGUGCUGAAGAAUGAAGUGGGCCAGGUGAAUCAUAUAGUGAAUGGAAUAGAAAGAUGGGUGAAAUAUAUCAGUAGCUGA